AGAAGCUCUUGGUCUAUUUGGUGCAGCAGGAAAGGGGUGACUUUGCUGCUGAAACGGCAGAGCUUUUUAUCUCCCACAGAGAAGAAUGGAUUCCUUUUUCAUUGUUUCUUACUUGCAGGUGAUGAUCUUGCUGCAACUUGCUGCCUGGGUUUACAGUGAGCUAGCUGCUGCAGUCCCGCUCGUUUCUUUAGAGGACACAGAUGACAGAAAUGCCGCCAUGGGAUCAGUGAAUUACCAUUUGGAUCUCACUGAACCCCUAACCUCUUGGUCGCCUGUGGUUUCGUUCUGUCUGCGGCGAUGGAUUGCUACCUCUGCUCCGUUUCUGUGUCGAGGAAAUGCACGAGUUGUCAAUCAGAAAGAAGUUCAAUUCUUCAAGCAAGAACUCCAGACUUGGCUUUCAAAUAACUACAUUGUGAUGAUGAAACAUGGUCAGUCCGCACCAUCGCGUCUGCAAGAUCACCUUCCAGUUUGCACCAUUAAUAUGCGUACACCAUGAUGGUUGGUGAGAAAUCUGACAAACAGUUAUGGCGUUGUGCUGUUGGAGCUGCUAACAGGUCGUGCACUUGUGCGACCAAUAUAACUGGGAGGCGAUCUCGUAGCAUAGGCCAAAAAAUUACAUCAGGGACAAUUCUCUGGGUCGACACUAAUCUGGAUUUGGAAGAUAAAGCCGCUGUCAAUCAUUCAGUUGUUGAAAAUUGCUCUGCUAUGUAGAGUAGUUACCUGCCGCCGUGUGAGAGACUGGCAUGUUGUACUUGUGUUAAGCGCGUCGAAAGAUAAAGAUAGGGCCUGGGCGAGCUCUGCAUCCUCAUCUGCUUCUGAUCAUUCUUCCAAGAAGGAUAGCUGAUGAUGUAUAUAUUUAUGUAAGUUCAGUUAGUUGUUCCCUUUACUUUGUUACUUAUGGUGGGGAUUAGGGGAGCCUGUGCUCAUUCUUUCUGUCAUUGUUUUGUAGCAAGAUAAAUACUAGUGACUGACUAGAGUGUCCUUGUGUAUGUUAGUCUCUGAUCUGAUGACGGAGCACC